CCCCAGGAGUGGGAUUUUUAAAUGGACACUCAUGUGACUUUCUCUACCAUCUGCUCAGAGGAUUUAUCUCUACCUGUCACCUCUGAUUCUAAUCAGGGGAUAAUCAAACCAAGCAGGGAGCUCUUAUAGAUUCCCUCAUCCUCCUAAAGGCACUGACUGAAUGAGGCCAUAAAGCCUCCACAUUUAAACUGCAGUGGGUGCAAACAACUGUUCACUACGUAGGACAGGAGAGAUCUCAGGGCAUUGGAAAGCUGGCUCCAAAACACCUUGAGUCACUUUUGUUCAUCCCUCUCCCCCAGACAAGUAAGUGGCUAUUAUGUACAUUUUGGGGGGAAGUUGGCUACUGUAGCCAAUGGAUUCCUGAUUCUGUAGACUUUGUUAAACCUCUGUAUGCUCUUCUCCCAGAGACCACCCCAGAGCCCAUUUCCUGGCUUUCAGAGACAUUACCAUCCUUUAAAGCCUGGGAAUUAAUAUUGUCAACACCCCAGCCCUAGGCUUCCCUAAUUUUAACAAACCUUUACAUCGAUACUGCCUUAAAAUAAUGGCAUUGCUGCAAGCAUUCUAGGACAAGCUUUUGCCUCUCAGAUACAACCUAUAUCAUAUUUCUCAUGCCAGUUAGACCCUAUAGCAUUGGGUAUGCCCUCAUGCUUAUGUGCAUUGAUUGAUUGGGGUUCAAAAUAAUGCUCAUGCUAAAGCAUUACAUCCUGUGGUGGCCUACCCUAAACUCAUGGUAGCAAGCCAGAGUAAAUCCAGGAAGAUGGGAAUAGGAUACCUUAGCAUGGAGCCUGAACUCUCUCCUGGGAGAGUGACCUCUGAGUGAGAGAAAAAUCGUUGGCUUAAGAAUUACCAAUUGGCUUUCUUAUGUGACAAAUAAUUGCAUUGUAAAAUAAUGAUGGAGAAUUACUCUUGGAUACAACACACAUAACUUUCUGAAUUAAUAAUCUAUCUAACCAAUGUACAUUUUAGAAAAACUCAUAACACUCAGGGUAGGGCUCAGGGUAGGCUACUCCAAAAUAUGCUAUGUUGGCAUCUUGAUUAUUUUGAAUUAAAGUUACUUAAGAAACAGCCAGUGCAAAAAGGAUAGAUACACUGACUCUCCUUAGUGCCCAGAGAGCAAGAAACUAACCUCCCAUGUGAAAGGUAUCCUCCCUGUAUCAGGAGGUAGAGAGACAUCCUUAUCAUCACAGAUAGAGAAUCUAAGGUGACGAAGCCUAUAUAAACAAACCUUGUUACUUUUAUUAACUGGCAGCUCCCAUCUAAAUUCUGUUUAGAAUUCCUUACUAGUUGAAGUUCCCAAACGUAAGUUUUCUUUAUCCUGUCAAUUCCUCACUAAUUUAUUGUUUCUCUGUUUUAAAAAAAAGCUGCCUGCCUUAGCCAUAUCUGUAGGACCCCUGUAUAUACAAAUUAGAUUGAUUCUUUCCUGUUAUCUGUCUCAUGUUAAUUUCUUAGACCAGCCAGAAAAAGCUUGAGGGUAGAGAAAAAUUUCUCCUCCCCAACAUUUGCUUUAUAUACUUUAUGGUUUCCAAGUCCCUUCAUGUGUUAUCUCAUUUAAUCCUCACAAUAGCUCUGUAGUGAUAGAAGCCCAUUUCACAGCUAACGACACUGAAGCCCACAGAGGGAGAAAUCUUCCUCCAGCUUGCACUGUAAGAAGAGGGUUUGAAUAUAGCCCCUGGCCCUCAGAUGCCAGAGUUGUGCCCAACAAAUUAGGUCUCUUAGAAGCCUUUUGGAUUAUCUGGGAACUUUGCUAAAAAACAAAAAGCCAGCAGUGGCAAAAUACCUUCUCAUCCUCAGCAACCACCUGCAUUAGCCUCAAGAGUUUUCUUGUUUGUUUGUUUGUUUGUUUUACCCCAGUCUCAGCAGAAUCAGGUGGUCUUUUUUUGCCGACCCUUCCUAUAGUUCCUUAGGGAAUUCAUUUCUCUGGCAUUGUGAACUGCUUUCUUUAAUACCAAUCUUAUUUCUUCUAUCACAAAGUCCUGUAAAGAGAGAAAGAAAUUAUGACUUUUGUAGUUCUGAAGACUUGUUUUUGUGGGAGGCUUCCUCUUCUGAGAAAAAAAAUGAUAAAUGAAUAAAAUAAUUGCCAAGUAAAAUAUGAGGUUCAAAAAAAAUCAGUAAGAAUAGCUAUGAUUUACUAAGUACCGAUCUUAAACCUUUAAACUCUAAGCUUCGUGGGCGUAGGUGCCCAUUUGUCCUCACUAUCCAGAACAAUACCAGGCACCGAGUACAUGUUCAAGAAAUAUCAGUACAUGUAAUAAAUCAAUAGCAGGUACAAUGUAAAAAUGUAUUUCUCAUUUAAUUUACACGCAUAUCUCAUUUAAUUCCAGCCCCCUCCUGCCUCCUACCACCCACACACAAACAUGCAACUUCACGAAAUUGAUAUCUUUAUCUCAGAUGAAGAAACUGAUAUUAAGAGAGAUUGAGUAAUUUAUUCAAGGAUAUAUGGCUGAUAAGUAAACGGUCUCUCUAACUCUAACGUUUCUCUUAAUUAGGGUUCUAUGAAUAGAACAACAUUGGAAUGGCUUAGAUCAUAAUGUUCCAUCACCAGGGUAACGUUCCAGUAGGCUGAUGCAAACCAGUGGACUUCAAAUAGGCUUCCGGUUGCUGUACAGUAAAGUUCUAAAAUUUUGGGAACAGAUCUAAGCUCAACCUUCACCGUGGAGCCAAGCCCAGUCAGACCUUUAAGCCAGAAGCCAAGUUCUCAGUUUGUCAGCAUAAUGACUUCCAAGAGAAGAACCAGUGAAAUAAUUAGAAAGCUCAAAGAAGGCCAGCGCUGUCUCCUGGAGGAGAUAAAUGAAAAGCGUGAAUCCAACUGCCUCGUGGAAAGAAGCAAUCAAGUCAGUUUACUGAGAGUUCAAAAGAGGCAUUUCAGUGGUGCAUACCCGUCUUCUACUCACACCCAAAUCAAAGAAUCUGUUCCUGAUAGUGGCAGGAGCUCCUGGGUCACACUGAGUCUCCUUGUUCACACGGAGAAAAAGCACUUUCCCCCAAAAAAUAAUGCCAUAUUUGGAUAAAGUGCAUCUCCAGAGACACAGAAAUAUAUUCCCUUUGAUCCUUCUCUAAUGUCUGUCUUAUUGACAAAUAUUAAUUAUUAAAGAAUUUAAAAAAAUUCACUGGCUCACCAAGAAAACAUUAUAUUGUCACAUAAAACACAUCUUUAUUCAUUCCAUCCCAUUAUUUAGACUUGGAUGUUCUGAAGAGGUUUUGAGUGGUUAAAGAUAGUCUCAAAGAUGAAUGACCAAAAAGUUCACUUUACAGUGAUCUUCUCUUUUGUAAGCUAAAAUGUUUUUUAUUUUUUUUAUUU